UCAAAGUUUGAAAUUACAAUUUUAAUAAUUCUAUUGACAGAAAUCCAACGUAUCCAAGCAACAAAUUGAUUUGUUUAGUCAAUACGUGUAAGAUGUUUUGGGGUUUAACACCAAGCGUAGAUCUUCUGGAAGAUCUGGAUGAAAAUCUGGAGACUGUGAAUAUACUGUUAGUGGGAAGUGCGGAUCUGAGACACGUGCUGAAAACGCUGGCCAAAAGGUACACUCAUAGACAUGUCAAAAUCAACUUCUUCUUGAUGGAGCUCGUACCAGAAGUCGUGGCUAAGCAAAUGUUACUCCUCGACACGGCUCUUCAUCGAAUCGAUGAUCUCGGUUUGGUACCAAAGACGAGGAUCUUCAUGGAGCUCUUCGGCAACAUGCUGAUACGUCCGAUCACCGCCAAACAUCUGUUAAACCGCUCCAAAGAGCUAAUAGAGAUGAUCACCGAUUUCAAUUACUUGAAGAGACUGUUACCAUGCGUAGAUUUGGAUUUAAAGUACAAAGAACGUGAUUACAUAGAGAACGUCUUCAAGUUUUGGAGCAGUCAGGAUGAAUUCGACGUUCACUAUUGCUGGGAUCGAAGACUGAGGAAGACUUUAGGUGUUAGAUAUGACACGAGAACGGGUGUUUUCGAUUGGGAUUUGCAUAUGAGAUUGCACGAUAUCGGAGGCAAGCAGAUCUGCCCUUCGGAAUACACCUCGUUCAGAUCUUGCGGCGUAGCGUUCACCUGGUUAGAAUCAGAGGUGUCGAAGCCUAACAGAUCCAUGGUUACGGGUCUUCUGACCAAUGGAGAUCAGUUCGGGCAUUACGGUUACCUAGGCGAUAUGCAGACGGGUCCUUUCGUUUCUUACGGUUUGCAGUGCGAAGACCCAGAGUUCCUCAAGAGGACGAACACGAUGAACAAGUACAGAGCCACGGAUCUGACGGAGAGGAAUUUGCGACAGAUCUUCCACGAGAUCGAAUUUCAGAGCGAAUACUCGCACAAUUCGCAUACGGAUUUAGGGUACGGCGGAUGCGUCGCGCAACCUGAUUUGAAAGUCGUCGAUUCGAGCAACAUUGAAGUGAAGAAGUUCACCAAAACCGAGAAACGAAUCGAACUGAUAGACGUGCAAAUACACUUUUGGUCUAUAGAUCAUCUAAAAAUGUUCAAACACAAGGAGAAGUUCAAGGAUUUUUUCAACUUGAUUUACUUUGCUAACGGUUUUGUUAAAUAUAUAGAAAAGGACACUCUGUUACACAUAUCUUCAAGCAAUUGCAAAUUGUUAAUCGAAAAUCCGCUGUUCGUUGUGAAUUACAGAGAGAAGGAGUUGAAAGAGUACAACGAUUCGAUUAUGGAAAAGUUGAGCGAUUUGGAGAUGGAAGCAGAUCCGUUCGAUCAACUCAAAGAUUUCCAUAUGAGAUUCACCAUUAGCAAAUGAUGAAAUUACUUAACUAAAUGAAAACUACUGCUAGUACUUUAGUUUCUAAACAAUUGUAAUUUUUAAUCUUCGAUAAAAUUCAUAAAUACAUAGAUUCAAUCAAUUAUUUAAUAUAUAUAUAUUCAUUUAUUUGUAUAAAUAUGAACGGCAGUUUUGAUGCUCCGCUUUUGCUGCUUGCUACCUAUAAAUAUAGUAAUUAUAGUGAACGAACG